CUGAGGGGGACUCAAGCUCGACUCGCCGCAGCCUCACACGCACACAGUCACGGAAGCUCUCGAUCAAUUUGAGAGCUAGCUGAGCACGAUGAUGAACCGAGCCAAGCUUCUUCAACGCGCUGCCAAGGUGGGCGCCGGAGCUCUGUUGGGCGGAUCGGUGCUGACUGGCGUCACAGCUUUUAGCAGUGACCAGAUCGAAGCGCUACACUACGGCUUUGACCACCAGGGCCCGCUGUCCUCGUUCGACUACGCCAGUGUGCGUCGUGGCUACCAGGUGUACCGCGAAGUGUGCGCGUCUUGCCACAGCUUAGAUCGCAUCUGCUUCCGCAACCUGGUGGGCGUGACCCACACGGAGGAGGAGCUUAAGGAAAUUGCGGCCGACAUUGACGUUGUCGACGGCCCCAAUGACGAGGGUGAGAUGUUCGAACGCCCCGGUAAGCUGUCAGACCCGCUUCCCAGACCGUACCCGAAUGACGAGGCUGCCGCCGCCGCCAACAAUGGUGCCAUUCCUCCUGAUCUUUCGCUAAUGGCCAAGUCUCGCCACGCCGGCGCUGACUAUCUGUUCGCGCUGCUGACGGGUUACGUGGAUCCCCCUGAGGGCAUGGAACUGCUGCCUGGUCUGUAUUACAACCCAUACUUCGGUGGAGGUGCUAUUGCAUGGAGCGUCAGCUGCAGGAUGGCCAGAUUGAGUACGAGGAUUGGCACGCCGUGCACGACAUCGCAAAUGGCAAAGGACGUAUCGGUCUUUCUUGCUUGGGCCGCCGAGCCGGAGCACGAUGUGCGGAAGAAGCAGGGCAUGCAGGUUACCGUCGCUCUGUUGGCGCUGUGCGCACUGACUGGCUACUACAAGCGCUUGAAGUGGGCGCCGCUCAAGACCCGUAAAAUCACUUACACCAAGUAAGGCUGGAGGUUUUGAACGCGCAUGGUGGUGCGAUGCAGGGGAGUGAGUGGUAGAGCAGGCAGGUGUCAGGGAUUUUUUCUUUGGUUCUCUGCUCGCUCCAGACGAAUGGAGCGUUUUAGCGACCUCUCUUGCUCUCCUCCCUCGAGCUAGUGGGUAAGAGAGGAAGGAGACUGACAGCGUACACAAUGCACGGAUACCAAACCGUCGAGACGAUAAAUAAAGGAGAGUGGCGUUUGGCAUUCUCACAUAAAGAGAUGAUGAGAGAGCAGCACGACUUGGAAACUUGAAAAAAAAAUACAAAGACACGUAAAGAAA